CGUAUGUCAAACAUUUUCAAAACAAACGUGACUGAUUUUUAGGCUUAUUCUUGAAUAUUUUUUAAAACUUUGUUAAAAUGCCUUUUAUGAAAGGUCGUGCUCCUAUUAGGAGAACAAUCCAAUAUUUAGAGGCCGGCAAGUUAUAUUUAAAAGACCAGAUAAAAAUAUUAACAAUUAAUUACAAUAUUCAUGGCGAAAAUCAUCAAGGUGUAAGGGACUUUGUAUUUUGGCAUCUACCCCAAGUUCAGUACAAGAAUCCUAAUGUACAAAUAUCAACAUUUAAAAACCUGACUCCAACACCAUUUAUAAGAGCAUUUUAUGAUACUGGCGAUAGGAUGUUAAUAGAUAUUGAUAAUAAGAGCAAGGAUCAAAUAUAUGAUCAUUUAGUAGAAGUUAUUGGGAAGAACAAGGAAGUAUUAAAAGCUGAACUCAUAGCGAAAGAGAAGAAAGACAAUCCAGCCAAUUUUGGAGCUGGCUGUGACAGGUUCUGUAUCUGCCAACUCCCUGGUCAAGUUCCUUGUUCUGGUGUAUGUCCAGUUCCCAAACAUAUGAGAGGAAAGUAUAUAUUUAAAAAAGAUGAUGAUUAAUUUUUGUAAGCUUUGUAAAUAAUGUUGUAAGUAAUAAUUUUUUUUUUAUUAAAUAAUAAGCGCUAAA